CUGCCGCCCGGCUGUUCAGGCGGCGCCCGACGUCGGGACCCUUUCUGCGCGCCGAGGAGCUUCGAGUCCCCGCUGAGUCGCGGCGCUUCCUCUGCCCCAAUCCCCGGCCGAGAUGCCUUCGGACCGGCCUUUCAAACAGCGGCGCAGCUUCUCGGACCGUUGUAAAGAGGUGCAGCAGAUCCGAGAGCAGCAUCCCAACAAAAUUCCAGUAAUAAUUGAAAGAUACAAGGGAGAGAAGCAGCUGCCUGUGCUGGAUAAGACCAAAUUUCUAGUCCCUGACCACGUCAACAUGAGUGAAUUGGUAAAAAUAAUUCGGCGCCGGCUGCAGCUGAAUCCUACCCAGGCUUUCUUCCUGUUGGUGAACCAGCAUAGCAUGGUGAGCGUUUCCACCCCCAUCUCUGAGAUCUACGAGCAAGAGAAAGACGAAGAUGGCUUCCUCUACAUGGUCUAUGCCUCGCAGGAGACCUUUGGCUACUGAGCCCUUAAACCACAAGAGGACUGACACCAAACUGUUGCAUAUCUAAUACCCCUGCCUCCCCAACUCCCCCCCCCACCUUGGCAAACAGUGCUGAGAGAGGCUUGUGGCCCAGGAGUAGCACAAAAGCAAUAUGUGCUCCUCCACCCCUCGCAGUGCAACAGACCAAGAUAGUUCGGUGUGUAUGUGAAUGUAUGACCCAUGAGUCUUGACUUUAUCCUCGCCGUUGCUCCACUCCUUGUGUGUGACACUCAUUGCUCCAUUUCACUCACCCCACUGCGUGCUAUCUCUUCCCUUCUCUCUCUUUCUCUGUUGUCAUAAUGUCCUUUUUCUUAGUCCAAUGCCAAAUGGACGUGGCUUGUGGCAGGCAGAGGAAGAAAUGAAAUGUUUCCUUGCCUUCCUGGGGAAGGUGAGGGACUUGUCCACUGAAUCUUUAUUAAAGAGCAGAAAGUUCUUCAGAACAGUCAAUAUGUAUUGUUGCUCUUGAGUUUUAAUUGAUUUUAAUGACAUGCAUAUCAAUUCUUGGUGCUACAAAGUAGAAGUAGGCGUCUCUACAGGACUGUGUAUAAUAGAUUUAUUUUAUUAAUUUUAAGCAGGAUGGGGGGAUAUAAUUUGCUUGUAUUAUGUAGGUUUUGAAACAACAGCGACAAAACAACCCAAGCUUCUUUGCACUUUAAAAUGUAGUAGAGGUGAGAGUGGAAUUAGCGUGUUUUUCACAAGUCUGCUGCUUCUCUGUCAAUAUUUGUCCUUUUGUCUUUGAUGAGGUUCGGUAUUUUGUUGGUUUUUUUAAAAAAAAAGAUGCCAGCCUCUUUUUCUUUUUUGCAGUCUUGCAUGCAGAAAUUUCUUUUCUGUUCUUUUGGUUCCCUUGUGGCAAACCAACCAUUCACUCAAGGAAUGUACUGAUUUAUAUUGCUCCUUUCCUCUCUUUUUUAAAAAAAGAAUUACGAUACCAAAAAAAAAAGUGUGUACAACAGGAAAACAAAAUACACCCAGCUGAGUCUCUGCAAAUAUCUAUAUAAAUAAAGAUAAAUUAAAAUUGA